AUGGCGCUGAAGACGGGGAUCGUCGGGCUCCCGAACGUCGGGAAGUCGACGCUGUUCAACGCGCUCGUGGAGAACAGCACCGCGGAGGCUGCGAACUACCCGUUCUGCACGAUCGAGCCGAACAGCGGGAUCGUCCCCGUCCCGGACGACCGCCUCCAAGCGCUCGCGACGAUCAGCGGCACGACCAACAUCGUCCCGACGACGUGCGAGUUCGUCGACAUCGCGGGCCUCGUGAAGGGCGCCGCCGACGGCGCGGGCCUCGGAAACAAAUUCCUCGCCAACAUCCGCGAGUGCGACGCCGUCGUGCACGUCGUCCGGUGCUUCGACGACGAUAACGUCAUCCACGUCGACGGGAAGGUGGACCCGCUGGAGGACAUCGCGGUGAUCAACUUCGAGCUCGCGCUCGCGGAUCUCGCGCAGAUCGAACGCCGGCUGGAGCGUCUCGGAAAAGGCCGCGCCAAAUCAAACGCGGAGAAGGAGGCGGAGCAAGGCGAACGCGACGCGCUCGCGAAGCUGCGGGUGCUUCUCGAAGACGGCAAGCCCGCGCGUCUGGCGAGCUUGACCGAAGACGAGUGGGCGCUCGUGAAAGAUCUGAUGCUGCUCACCGCGAAGCCGUGCGUGUACGCGGCGAACGUCAACGAGGAGGACCUCGCGGACGCGGGCGCGUCCAACGUCCACGUGAAGGCGGUGCGGAAACACGCGGAGACGGAGGGCAGCGGCGUGACGAUCGUCUCCGCGCAGGUGGAGUCCGAGCUCAUCAAGCUCGACCCUGAGGAGCGCGCGGAGUUCCUCGCGGACUUGGGCGCGGACGAGGGCGGUUUGAAGAGCUUGAUUCGAAACGCGUACACGCAGCUGAAUCUUCAGACGUACUUCACCACGGGGGAGAAAGAGACGAGGGCGUGGACGAUCAAGCGGGGGUUCACCGCGCCGCAGGCCGCGGGGGUGAUUCACACGGACUUCGAGAAGGGGUUUAUUAAGGCUGAGACCGUGGGGUACGACGAAUUCAUCGCGUGCGAAGGGUUCGCGGGCGCGAAAGAGAAGGGCGUGUGGAGGCUCGAGGGGAAGGAUUACGUCGUCAAGGAAGGGGACGUGCUCGUGUUCAAGUUCAACGUGUAA